AAAAAACGAAUCAAAACAACAUCACCCACAGUCGCGUCAACACGCACCUAGCCCUUCCCACCUGACCUCUACAUCAAGGCCUCCACUCAACAAAUGACCUCGCUGCAUUUCCCAACCAUCGACAGGCCAUUCGGCUUCGACCUCUGGUCCACCUUUGACUCCACCCUCUAUACUUUCACAGGCUUCAAAGCAAGUGCCUUCCGCUUCGUCCCCGGCAAGACACCCCUCUCCACCUGGCAAGAGGUCGUCGCCAUCAUCAUUGCCUACUAUGUCGUCAUCUUCUCCGGUCGCGAGUUUAUGAAGAACAGGCCAGCCUUCAGGCUCAAUGCCUGGUUCCAACUCCACAACAUCUUCCUGACUCUGGUCUCUGGCUUCCUCUGGGCCUUGCUCUUUGAGCAAAUCUUCCCAAUCGUCGUUCGUCGUGGUGUUUUCUACUCCAUCUGCAAUGUUGGCGCGUGGACACAGCCUCUCGUCUUCAUCUACUACCUCAACUACAUCACCAAGUACAUUGAACUCAUCGACACCAUGUUCCUCUUCCUCAAGAAGAAGCCUCUUGCUUUUUUGCACACGUACCACCACGGUGCAACGGCAGCCUUGUGCUGGACGCAACUCUUGGGUCACACCUCUGUCUCCUGGGUGCCCAUCCUCCUCAACUUAACCGUGCAUGUGGUCAUGUACUUUUACUACUUCCUCUCAGCACGCGGUAUCCGUGUUUGGUGGAAGGAAUGGGUCACACGCAUUCAAAUCAUUCAAUUCGUGCUGGACCUCGGAUUCGUUUACUUUGCCUCCUACACGCACUUUGCCAUCAAGUACUUCCCCUGGGCACCCACCAUGGGAGAUUGUACGGGUGAGGAGUAUGCAGCACUCAUGGGAUUGGGGAUCCUCAGUUCGUACCUCCUUCUCUUCAUCAGCUUCUACAUCCGCGUCUACACCAAGCAAAGCCCCAAAGCAGCACGUAAAGCGGUGUCGUCGGGGGAUAUUGCCAUUGACCCGAAAUUUAGUGAUGCCGUGCAAGCAUCCUUGGAGGACUCGCCAAAGGGUAAAUCAACGGGUAUCGGUGCUACCGGCAGGACUCGUUCGCGCAAGGCGUGAGCAUAUAAAAAGGAAGGCGGUGCACAUCGGACAGGAGUAAGAAGGCAAAGAUUCAAGUCGCUCUUUAUAAGUAGAUGCUCGUUCGGACCCUUACAAAAAGACUCAUUAGACUAGUAGUGCUUGAACUUGCUUCACUGUGAUGCCAG